GCGGCGCGGCGGCCGUGAUGGAAGUUGUAAGGUGGAGGCUCACUGUUUACUUCGUGCUGUACAAAAAUAAAACUGUUUAAAAGCUAGACUCCGGGCCCCGGUCCUUUCUAAAUAAGGUAAAUAUUGUGCUCAGUGCGGUGCCUUAAACGCACCGGGCUUUGCUUAGCAGAGGCCUUAAAAAGGACUAGGACCCCUAAUUCCAUGACAUUGUCCUUACCAGGAAGGUUUUUUGUUUUUGAUGCCUUGCAUCUAAACUUGGCACUAUGCCCGCGGCGACUGUGGAUCAUAGCCAAAGAAUAUGUGAGGUUUGGGCUUGUAAUCUGGAGGAGGAACUGAAGAAAAUCCGUCAGGUCAUCCGCAAAUAUAACUACAUUGCAAUGGAUACAGAGUUUCCCGGUGUAGUUGCUCGGCCAAUUGGAGAGUUUAGGAGCAAUGCGGAUUACCAGUACCAGUUAUUGCGGUGCAAUGUGGAUUUGCUGAAGAUAAUCCAGCUGGGCCUGACCUUUAUGAAUGAGCAGGGGGAGUACCCUCCGGGAACAUCAACGUGGCAGUUCAAUUUCAAGUUCAAUCUCACGGAAGACAUGUACGCUCAGGACUCCAUCGAGCUGCUGACCUCGUCGGGAAUCCAGUUCAAGAAGCAUGAGGACGAGGGAAUCGAGACUCAGUUCUUCGCCGAGCUGCUUAUGACCUCUGGGGUUGUCUUGUGCGAAGGAAUCCACUGGCUGUCGUUCCACAGCGGCUACGACUUCGGAUACCUGAUCAAAAUCCUGUCCAAUUCCAAUUUACCUGAAGAAGAAGUGGACUUCUUUGAGAUUCUACGUUUGUUUUUUCCCAUUAUCUAUGAUGUGAAGUACCUCAUGAAGAGCUGCAAAAACCUAAAGGGUGGUCUGCAGGAAGUGGCUGAACAACUGGAGCUUGAGAGAAUUGGCCCCCAGCACCAGGCUGGGUCUGACUCAUUGCUCACAGGAAUGGCCUUCUUCAAGAUGAGAGAGAUGUUCUUCGAGGACCAUAUCGAUGAUGCCAAGUACUGUGGGCACCUGUACGGCCUGGGCUCAGGCUCGUCUUACGUGCAGAAUGGCACGGGCAAUGCCUAUGAAGAGGAGGCCAGCAAGCCUCAGUCGUGACUCCUUCCCCCACCCGUCCCCCCUGACCCUUGACCUUGACUCCUGAUCCCUGACCUUGUUUCCUGAUCCCCACCUUCCUCCAUUGGUAUGCAUCACAGUCCACCACUGUGACUACAGGAAGGCCACAGUUUGAAGAGCAAAGUGGGGAUGGAAGGAUCGUGAAGUACUUUCCAGGUCUGGCAGCCUGACUCAUAACCUCCCCCCCACUACCGUUAAUGCAGUUUAGUGUGUGGCCGAUUGGUUCAUUUGAAUAUCACAUGCAGUGCUUUCAAAUGUGGGUUUUUAGUUUUUUUUUUUUUUUUUU